UGUAGCGUUUAUUUUAAAGCGGUAAGUAUUAUUUCCGUCGUAGAUUAGUUCUCGUUUAUAAUUUUUUCGAUUUGCUCGAUCGUUGCGAAUAUAAUCGACCCUAAAGCCGGUAUACUAAUACCAAAAUCGUUUGUAACGAUAUCGAAAACGCCAUUCGACAUCAAAAUUAAAAAGUUUUGAAACGUGCUUCGAAAGCGCACUCGUAUCGCGUUUAAAUACGCGGGAAACGAUCCACUCAUCGUUUUGUUCUUAUAUUUUAGGUGUAAUUCUACUCGAAAAUAGCCAUGGCAGCGAAAGACAUGCCCACAUUCAAAUGCGUCCUAGUCGGCGACGGUGGUACCGGCAAAACGACCUUCGUCAAGCGCCACAUGACCGGCGAAUUCGAGAAAAAGUACGUCGCCACAUUGGGCGUCGAAGUGCACCCUUUAGUGUUCACAACGAACAGAGGUAAAAUCUGUUUCAACGUGUGGGAUACGGCGGGCCAGGAGAAAUUCGGCGGCCUCAGAGACGGUUAUUACAUUCAGGGACAAUGUGCCAUUAUUAUGUUCGACGUCACGUCCAGGGUUACCUACAAAAACGUCCCCAAUUGGCACAGGGACAUUGUCAGGGUGUGCGAAAACAUACCGAUCGUACUGUGCGGAAACAAGGUCGACAUCAAGGAUAGGAAGGUUAAGGCUAAAAGUAUCGUGUUCCAUAGAAAGAAGAAUCUUCAGUAUUACGACAUAUCUGCAAAAUCGAACUACAACUUCGAGAAGCCCUUCUUGUGGCUGGCGAGGAAACUGAUCGGCGAUCCCAAUUUAGAUUUCGUGGCGGAAUCGGCCCUGUUGCCUCCGGAAGUGCAAAUGGACCCGCAGUGGCAACAACAGUUGGAGAAGGAUUUGAAAGAGGCUUCGGAAACGGCCCUGCCAGAUGACGAUGAGGAUUUGUAAAUGUAUGUUUAGAAGUUAAAUUACAUUGUAAAAAUAUAUACAAGACGAAAACAAGACUUAUGUUAAAUUUAUCGGUGUGCAUACUUUGAGGAACUGUUGGUAUUUUUAUAUCUGUUUUUUCGAAAUUUGUUAAAAUUAGCUUAAUAUAAGAUGCUUUGAAUUUGAAUGGAAUGCUUGAAAGAUGAGAUUUUUUGUAAUUUAGACAGUUUCUAUUUAUUGUCAACUAGACCAUAAUUUUAAUUUUAAUAAAAUUACAUUUUUUCUAUAUGUUUAUAUCAUUCUGUGUAAGUUGAAUAAAAUUGUGAAUCCAUUAUUAUUGUAUCCGAAGAAUUCUAAUUUCCUUUGUAUUUAAAGCCAAAUUUUACUAAAUAAAAAUGCGCCCCUUGAAAAUUAUCGUUCCUCAAGUAGGUAUAUCCUUUAUAAACUAAACGUACUCGGGCGUUAUCUAAUUUUAUAUUCGAAAUUUAUUUGCCAUUCCUUGGUAAUAUUUGUUAACCUUUGGAUAGGACCCAGAUGCAGAAACAGUGUUGUUGUAACGGCUCAAAUAAUAUGUCUUAAGUUAGUUUUAUUUUUUUAAGGUUGAACAAUAGUUUUAUAAUUGACAAAAUAAUAUAGUUAUAUACAACAAAUUCACUUUUAACCAUUAAUUAAACAACUAAGAACUCGUGGUAAUACAAUUAUAUUCAACAAUUCUCCCUUACUGUCGUUACGUAUUGCAUACUUAGUACCUAAAAGAAAUUGUAUAAUUAUUUAUUUGCGCAGUUAAAUAAAUUAACAAUACUUACCACGAGGUAAUUCAAAC